GCCUACAACUACGCCUACGACAUCAACGACCCCACCACCGGAGACUCCAAGUCCCAGCACGAAUCCAGACAAGGCGACGUAGUCCAAGGUAGCUACAGCCUCACCGAGCCCGACGGCAGCCGCAGAACCGUGGACUACACCGCCGACCCCGUCAACGGUUUCAACGCCGUAGUCCACAAGGACACCGUCGGCCACCCCGUCGCCGCCAAGGUCCCCGUCGUAGCCCAUGCCCCAGUCGUCGCUCACGCACCCGUCGUCGCUCACGCCCCCACCUACGUAGCCCACGCUCCCGCCUACGUUGCCCACGCACCCGCCUACGUCGCCCACGCACCUGUCGUAGCCCAUGCUCCCGUCGCUUACACGUCCCACUACGCCCCCGCACCAGUCAAAACCAUCUACGGUUAAGAUAGUCCUAAAAGUUUACAAUGAUCGAAAGUCAAAAUCGAAAAUCCUAUGUGCACGACCAAACUGAGAUUCAGAGUGAGCUUGAAGUGGAUACAUCAUCACAUGGUUUAACAUAUCAAUGGCUGAAGUAGAAAAAUGCUUAUAUUUUGUUGGACUGCGUUUUAAGAUAGAAAACUAAUAUUUCUGGUUCACCCACAAACGCACCUAUUCGCACGAAUGCUGUUGUUUCUGAAAUGAACCAGAAAUCGUAGUUCUCUGUCGCAAAACGUAGUCCUACUGCGACUUUGUGAAUCUCCGCUCAUGUUUUAGUUUUUUUUGAAGAAAACCAACCGAACGUUCGCUCUAAAAAUUUCUGUCAAUUUUUGUUUACUCACUCAAAUAUAUUCACAGAAAUUUUCCGAGUGACAUUUUGGUUUAUUUCUUUCAAAGAAUAAAAUGAAACUUAUUCGGAGAUUUUAAAGCGUUGCAAUAAAAUUAUACAUUUUUCGUUUUUAGCCAUCGUAUGGGUGCCUUAAUAGUGCCUUAUACCUCAACCUCACUUUGAACUCCAUCACGAUCGUGAUUAUUGAUUAGGCAAAACUGCCUGUCAGUGGUUUUAAGGUUUAAAAAGCUAGCGUGCCAUCUCUUAUAAAUAGUAAAGUUACUCUUAGAUUACUUCGUAAUUAAAACGAUUAAAUGAACAAGAAACCAGAGAAAACUGGUUUUAAAAAACUCAUACAUAGAUCCUUCUUUUAUACAACAUUGCAAUACGGUGGGUGUUUUUCUUAAGAAUUUAAACUUUCAGCUAAAGAAUAUGAUUUAUCAAUUUAAAAAGUCGAGUGAUACAUUUUAAUCCGAUGAUACGACUAUCUUGGUUUUCAAACCUAUACUUUAGUUUGCUUUUGCUCAAAUCUGAUGUAAAUACUAAUUUUCAAAAUUAUGGUAUGUGGAAGGCCGUAUUGCUCAGAAGUGAUUUGUUACCAAGAAAAAAUUCAAUCUUUCUCGGGCAAUUCCUACCGUAUAGCCUCAGAAUUAAAGUUCUAACACGCACAUAUUUCUGCCAUAAAGUUGUAUUCACAGUCGAAAUUUUUCGUUUCAUUCUAUAUACUUUUAUUUAACUAGGUUUAUAAGAAUGUGAUUUUCGUUUGCUCACUAUCGUAAGAUUCCUAUUUGAUAUGAUUUUUAUGUUUGUCUUACUUUAAUUGAAUAAGUUUUACGAAGUGAACUUGUGAAGCUUGUUCACAAUUUGUGCUAUGCCCCUGGAAAUUAAUAUGAUUUUAUAAAUUAUUGAAAUUUCACCACUAA